CACUGCAUGACAAUUGUGACUUUUACAUUACGAUAUAUAAAACCCUCCUUCAAUUCUUGAUAGACAAAUACAAUGACAGGAUCACUGAGUGAAAGCGGAGGAGGAGGAGGAGGAGGAGGAGGAGCUAAUACGAUGCGGCGUCGAAGCCGUGGUUGUACAAAAGAUGAUUUCCUACCGGAAAAAUCCUUUCAAAGCUGGUCCAACUACAUGACGGCUCUCAAGGAUACUCCUGCACGAUUCAAGAACCGGCUUCUCACACGGUCUCUCGAUGAUACGGAACUCCAUCAAGUUAAGGCUCAAAGCCAUCAUGAAAUGAAGAGAUCAUUGUCUUGGUGGGAUCUUAUUUGGUUUGGCGUUGGCGCUGUCAUCGGUGCUGGAAUCUUUGUUCUUACGGGACAAGAGGCUAAUCAACAUGCUGGCUCUGCUGUCGUUUUAUCUUAUGCUAUUUCUGGUGUCUCUGCUAUGCUCUCUGUUUUUUGUUACACCGAGUUUGCCGUUGAGAUCCCUGUUGCAGGUGGUUCAUUCGCGUAUCUAAGAGUGGAAUUAGGAGACUUCAUGGCUUUCAUCGCAGCUGGAAACAUCAUUCUAGAAUAUGUCAUCAGUGGAGCAGCGGUUGCACGGUCAUGGACAUCAUACUUCGCCACACUCUGCAACCAAGAACCGCAAACGUUUCGUAUCACAGCUCACAACUUAAGCCCCGACUACAGCCACCUCGAUCCAAUCGCAGUGGUUGUCAUCAUAGUAAUCUGCAUUGUUUCAGUCUACAGUGUAAAAGGGUCUUCCCGCCUCAACUACGUUUCAUCCAUCAUACAUGUCAUUAUCAUUAUCUUCAUCAUCAUCGCGGGUCUUACUCACGCCGAUACCAAGAACUUGGCCUACUUUGCAACUGAGCCCAAUGGAUUCCGUGGGAUUUUUCAGGCUUCCGCGGUGCUCUUCUUUGCCUAUGUUGGGUUUGAUGCAGUAUCGACGAUGGCGGAGGAGACGAAGAAUCCAGGAAAGGAUAUUCCUAUUGGGUUGAUUGGUUCCAUGACUAUUGUUACCUUUGCUUAUUGUGUAAUGGCUCUCACACUCUGCCUCAUGGUACCCUACAAUCAAAUCGACAAGGAUGCUCCUUUUACCUUAGCCUUUGAGAAGGUAGGAAUGAAGUGGGCGAAAUAUAUUGUAGCUGUUGGUGCACUAAAAGGCAUGACUACCGUGUUAUUAGUGACAGUCAUAGGCCAAGCUCGCUACUUGACUCACAUUGCACGGACACACAUGAUGCCUCCAUGGCUUGCUCAAGUGAACGAGAAAUUAGGCACCCCAGUAAACGCUACCGUGGUCAUGAUGAUUGCAACCGCGAUAAUUGCCUUCUUCACAAACCUUGACAUCUUAUCUAACCUCCUCUCCAUUUCCACAUUGUUCAUCUUCAUGUUAGUAGCCGUAGCCCUACUAGUUCGAAGGUACUACGCAAGUGGCGUAACUACAACAAGGGACCGUAACAAGUUUAUCACUUGCGUCGUGCUCAUCCUGGGCUCUUCAAUAGCAACUGCUGCAUACUGGGGUUCCACACAUACCGGUUGGAUAGCGUACGCUGUUACUGGUCCGACUUGGUUCAUAGGAACGUUAGGACUACAAUUAUUCGUCCCACAAGCGAGGGAACCUAAAGUUUGGGGUGUACCGUUGGUUCCUUGGCUGCCAUCCGCGUCUAUUGCUGUCAACAUUUUUCUGCUCGGCUCAAUCGACAAGGACUCGUUCAUCAGAUUUGGUAUAUGGACAUGCCUUCUAAUGGUCUAUUACUUUCUUUUCGGAUUGCAUGCAUCUUAUGACACUGCAAUGGAGAUGGCAAAGUUGGGUGAUAAUGGUGAUAAUGUCAUGGAAUUAGGCGAGGUUGAAGAACACAAGUCUAGUGCUACUCAUGGAGAUGUAGAAGGUAGCAGUGGAAACAUUGAUAAUAUAUAAUUUCCGCAAGAGUUCGUUUGGUUCACUAUUUUUAGGGUUCAAGAAACGGAAUCAAUUACCGAUACCCUUUCUUCAUGUUUGGUUCAUUCCUUAUCAAUCCAUUACCAUUACUUGGUGGUAAUAGACUCCCCCAAUUUGUUACCUCCCCUCCCCCUCAAGUAACAAAAUCCAUUAGUUGGUGGUAAUAGUUACCAUUCCAUUUUCAUUCCAUGGCUUGAACCAAACACCCAACAAAUGUAAUCAUUUUUAUUACCAUUUCCCUUCUUUAUUUGUUUUCAUUCCCUUUCCAUUUCAUAUCUUGAACCACACGAUCCCUAAAUGUAUAUAAGGGGCACUAAGAGAUUGUGCAGCUGCUACUUAGUUUUUGAUUGGGUGAAUUGCAUUCUUUUCUUUUUAUCA